AUGCACGACCUCAAUGAAGACAUGGUAUUUUCUGAUGACGAGACGAAGUUUGAAGACAAUGAAAUACAUGUAAGAAAGCAGAACAGAAAGGGGAGGAAGUGGCUUACAACAGUUGAAAACAUACCAGAAUCAUUUGACAUCACAAAGCUAAUGACUGCUUUAAAGAGAGAGCUCUGCUGUAAUGGAACAAUAGUAACAGAAACAGCAACAGGCAAAAAAGUAAUGCAAAUGCAAGGUGACCACGGAACAAAAAUUCAAGCAAGGCUACAAGAAAUCUUCCCAGCGUAUAAAGUGCUUUUCUUUGGCAAUUAG